AUGGGGGAAGCUAUCGAAAACCCUUUUGCCAGACUGUCGUUGAAUCAACGGGAAUCUAGAGUCAUUGAACCGGAGAAGAACUCGCCACUGGGAUACGAUAAGGAGAAAGUUUUGGUGGGGAGACUCAUUACUAGCAAAGUAUUGGGGCACAACACCAUCGUACAAAGGUUGCGGAACGUUUGGUUCCUCAAAGGAAAUCUUACAACCAGUGCUCUUGGGGACAACACGGUUCUUUUUCGGUUCAGCCAUGAUCUGGACAAAAAGAGGGUUCUUGCAGGCGCCCCUUGGUUCAUAGAAGACCACUUGUUGAUUUUGGAUGAGGAAACAGCCAACGUAAUUGUCGGAGAACAUGCUUUCACUUCAUCCCCGCUUUGGUUACAACUUCAUGGUCUUCCGGUGGGGCUCAUAACGGAAAGAAGGAAAGCCUUUGAAGAUUUAGCUAUAGUAUGA